GUGAAUCCGCCAACGACGGGCAUCAUCCGCGAUCCAACCAGGUACCCCAACCAGACCGACAACAACAACAACAACAAUAACAACAGCGAACCAUCACGAACCCGCUUUGACCUUUUACACACCAUAUCGGCAAUCGUCGCUUCUGGGUCGUAUCUAAAGAAUUGCCAACCAAGAUACUGGAAAAAUGGCGAACGGAUGGAGUAUUAUCAUCGGCCUGGUGAUUGUCGCCGGCAUGUGUGUGGCCGCCUGGAUCUUUUCGCCCAAGGGUGAGAACCAAGUACUAUGGCGAUCGUCCCUCAUUCUUGCCUUCGUCAGCUGUUAUCUCAUGUGGGCUAUCACCUUCCUUGCGCAACUACAUCCCCUCAUCGAACCCAGACGUUCCGAUUUGCGCAAAGAAUACAUUCACCACUGAAGCGAAAUAUGACGGCGGCAAUGACAAUGACGUACACGACAAGAAGAUGGUGAGAGACGGGAACCACAUCGAGGCUAGAAAGACACCCACGUCUGGCAUAUGCUGGGCAAUAAUGAUGACCAGGAAAAUGGAAGAAGAAGGAUGGGGUGGCAGUUCCGGAAGACGAGACCUGGACUUGUGGCAUUGCUAAGGUUGUAUAAAUACCCCAACCAACACUUAUACACAUCAUCGGAGAAGGCGGGCAUGGCGUUAUUGGGCGGAAUAUGCAACUUUCAAAACCUUGGUGCAUCAUCAGAAACAUUGGGAAAGAGGGCCUUGAUGAGUUGGCUUCUACAACGGCAGACACUGUGUGGUCCGUCACCGUUCUGAAAGAUGAUAAGGCCGUUUGAGAAAUUUACAUUCAGUACAAUCGAUUCUUUGUUGCAUCGCUCUGCUCCUUUGACCAGACGACUGCAAAAUACA